AUGGAUGGACUGAUGGGAGAACCUGAAAAUGGAUCUUUGCUGCUAGAUCCUUCAGCAAGUUACUCACCUUUGGACCCAUUUUUGCAGACCCUGGACUUCAUUGAGCCCUGGAACUUCCACCUUCUAUCUGCUCUGAUGUUCUUAGUGACUGUCCUGUCUGUGUUUGAAAACGUUACUGUCAUCCUGGUGACUCUGAAAUUCAAACAGUUGAGGCAACCUCUCAACUAUGUCAUAGUGAACCUCUCUGUGGCCGAUUUCCUUGUCUCAUUGAUUGGGGGCACAAUCAGCUUUUCAACUAAUCUGAAGGGUUAUUUUUAUAUGGGCCACUGGGCGUGUGUACUGGAAGGAUUUGCAGUCACAUUCUUUGGAAUAGUUGCCCUCUGGUCACUUGCUCUGCUUGCAUUUGAGCGCUACAUUGUGAUUUGUCACCCAAGGGGAAACAUGCGCCUUAGAAGGAAGCAUGCAGCUCUGGGAAUAGCCUUUGUGUGGGUUUUUUCCUUUAUCUGGACCAUCCCUCCUACAAUGGGGUGGAGCAGCUAUACUACCAGUAAGAUUGGAACGACUUGUGAGCCCAACUGGUAUUCUGGAGACUACAAUGACCAUUCUUUCAUUAUUACAUUCUUCACCACCUGUUUUAUACUGCCAUUAUUGGUGAUUUUGGUAUCCUAUGGAAAAUUGAUGCGGAAACUUAGAAAGGUUUCAGAUACUCAAGGCAGAUUGGGUUCUACAAGGAAGCCUGAAAGACAAGUUACUAGAAUGGUUGUUAUAAUGAUCCUUGCAUUUUUAAUUUGCUGGUCACCCUACGCAGCCUUUUCAGUCUUGGUCACUGCCUGUCCUUCGAUCCAACUGGAUCCUCGUCUUGCUGCAAUCCCAGCUUUCUUUUCAAAAACAGCUACAGUGUAUAAUCCACUUAUCUAUGUGUUUAUGAACAAUCAGUUCCGGAAGUGUCUAGUCCAGUUGUUUCGAUGCAGUGACCAAGAUACUGCAGAUUCCAAUGUGAAACCUGUUUCCGAGAAGGCAAUGCUAGCACACAACAAAAAUUGUGGAGGGACGACCACAGUAACAGCACAUGUUACUGUCUUCAGCCGGAGAAGCGAAGAUGAACAAAGCAGCUGCCAUUCUUUUGCCCAGCUGACAAUUUCAGAAAACCAAGUUUGCCCAGCAUGA